GAUCGGUAAUAUGGCUCACGGAGUAAACGUCCUUGUCUUGGCUAUGGUUGCCAUGACCCGAGUAGAUGCAACAGGAGAAGCACUACAGAUGUUUAAGCCACCUGCUGGAGACCGCAACAUUAUCGACAUGACGUAUGACUUUGCCGUAAACGAGACGAUUUACUGGCCAACAUCUGAACCCUUUAAUCUGACGGUCGCAUUUAAGGGUGUCAUGCCAGAGAGCGGAGUUUACUAUGAGGCCAAUAACUUCUGUGCGGCCGAGCACGGGGGAACACAUAUCGACGCCCCUGCCCAUUUCUAUCGCGGCUCCUGGGUAGUUGACCAUAUUCCUAUUGAUGGAUUGAUCGGUGAUGCCGUCGUUGUAGACGUUACCGCCAAGGUCUCUGGACAUGAAGAUUACCAAGCGACAGAACUUGAUCUGCGUGUGUGGGAGGAGAAACAUGGCAGGAUACCGGACGGAGGUAUUUUAUUCUUGUACACGGGUUGGGGGCGGCACUGGCCAAAUAAGGAGAGGUAUCUUGGCACGAACACAAAGAAUACGAGCAUACUUCAUUUUCCUGGUCUUCAUUCUGACGCGGCGAAGUGGCUAGUCGAAAAUCGCAAGAUCAAAGCCUUCGGGAUUGAUACAGCUUCGCUAGAUUAUGGCCAAUCCAAAACGUUCAAAACUCAUACAAUUCUGUUCGAGAAGAAUAUUGUAGGGAUAGAAAACGUAGCGAACCUAGACCAACUUCCUCCAACAGGAGCGAUGGUAAUCGGUCUCCCCAUGAAGAUUCGCGGGGGUUCUGGCGCCCCGCUCCGUAUCAUUGGUCUGUUGCCGCAGGCAACUAGAUCGGCUGCAAUAUACCACACUGCCACGGAAUGGCUGAUACUCAGUAUUGCUCUCUUUAUUCUUGCUGUAAUAGCUGUAUGAAGAAUUUAAUAAUAAGGUGGUAGACAAUUGCAAGCGAGCUAGCAUGAGCUACUAUUAUUUAUAUUAAUUUUUAACUAAAUCACUAAUCGUGAAUAAUUAAUAAGUUUGUGAUUCUGUUUGUUUUCAACAUAACGUUACAUAUGACGCGCCAACGCGUUUUCGUUCGUUUUAUAAUAAAAUUAUUUGUAUAUUAAUGCCUGCUGU